UGAGAGUUCUUCUAGUGUGGAUUGAGAUAGUGAGAAAGAGCGUCCAAUAUGUGGAGCCAGUAGUGUAUUCAACUAGGAAGUAUUGAAAGAUGCUACUCAAGAUGUGCCAGGUUGAUCUGAAAAGACUGCUGGUACUGUCACUGUGUGUCGUAGCCGUUGUACGAUCGCAACUGGAUCAAUCCGAGGAGGAGGAAGAGGAAUAUGAGGAAGGUCCGUGUGGCCGCUGGAGACCGGGCGAUGUCGAUCUCCGGUCGUUCGAUUUGAUCCGCGAGUUUCGGUUGGAUCAGAUCGAAGAGCGGAGCAAGUACAUUCACCGACGCCAGGGCACCAACGAGUACCAGACGGCCUAUCGGUUCGAGAAGGAGGCGAACCUUACGAUGCGCUCGAUCGAGGCGUUCCCGCUCGGUUUGCCGCAGCAGUUCUCCUUCGAGUGUACGUACCGCAUCGAGGACGAGGGUGACUCAUCGUGGCACCUGUUCGAGGUGACGAACGAGGUGCAGGAGAGCCAGCUGGCCAUCACUCUCAAUCCGGGGCGCCAGGUCCUGCAAAUCGGACUUCCGGCCACGGAAGGUGAACAGCAGAUCGUCGAGUAUCAUCAUACGUCGCUGUUUGAUCAUCGUUGGCAUAAAAUCAUGCUCGGCGUAACCAACGAUUACCUGAACCUGUGGGUUGACUGUCGCCCCGUGCGUGACAUCGAUGGCAAUCUGAAUGUACCGCUGCAACCGAGGGAUCGAUUCGACAUUGCCGAUGGUUACGUGUCCAUCUCGCGGUUCGCGCAAACCUCCGUUUUCGACCCAGAAUCGCCCGUCAUCGAUCUGCAGUGGAUGGUGAUGAACUGUGAUCCGACGCGACCGGCCCGUGGAAACUGUGAUGAGCUUCCUGUGUACGAUGUGGCAUCACUGACGGCAAAUCUUCCGGUCGGACCAACACCACCACCGCCGAACUGCAACGCCGUCUGUCCGCCGGGUUACAACGGAACGGAUGGACGACCAGGCACUCCCGGAUUGCCAGGGUUACCGGGCAUUAAGGGAGAGGCUGGACGACGGGGACCUCCGGGACCGCAAGGAUUGGAAGGGCCAGCCGGCAUAUCGGUGCCAGGACCGAAAGGAGAGAAGGGCAGCGUUGGCGUCGGAUUUCCGGGCUUACCAGGGCCGAAGGGAGAACCCGGUGUUGCUGCUGCCGCUGGAGCUGCCGUUGCUGGACCACAAGGAGCGAGAGGUCGCGAUGGUCGCCCAGGGCCAAUCGGACCACCGGGUGUUGGAAUCCCCGGUGAAAAAGGUGAACGUGGCGAACCGGGACGCGAUGGACAAUCGGUGCCAGGCCCUAGGGGUCUCAUUGGACCUCCGGGAGUCCGUGGACCACCCGGAAACGAUGGUUUUCCUGGGCUGGAUGGAGCGAAGGGUGAUCGUGGAGAAGUGGGGCCAAGGGGAGAACCCGGAAACGGUCUUCCCGGUAUGCCAGGACUAAAGGGGGCCAAGGGAGAACCAGGAACGGUGACAUCAGCUGGUGCAGGAGCUGUAGGUCCACCAGGACGCGACGGACUAGAUGGCGCCAAGGGAGAGAAAGGAGAAUCGGGAUUACGCGGUCUGCCGGGUGUACAAGGAUUGCCAGGCCUGCCUGGUGCACCGGGUCUCCCGGGCCCGCCAGGACCCCCUGGAGAGGCAGGUGGUGGUGGAGGCAACGCAGACAGUGGUGCCGGUACUGGUGGCCGGUACCACGAGAACCUCAUGUCAUACAGUCACCAAGGGCCGGUCGGUUAUGCUGGCAUUCCUGGCGAACGUGGUGCUGGUGGAUUACGGGGACCGCAAGGAGCUCCCGGAAUGCCAGGUCUUCCGGGCCUCGAUGGAGCACCGGGUCCUCAAGGGGUGGCAGGCCAACCGGGACAGGUGGGAGCGACCGGAUUGCCAGGAAUUCCGGGGCGCAGCUAUACCGAGUCCGAGGUGCAAGACAUCUGCCGUGCGGUGCUCCGCGAACAGUUGGCUGAGCUGACCGAGGGUUUAAUCGGACCACCGGGACCACCAGGGGAAUCGAAACCGGGCAAACCUGGCCUUCCUGGCCGGCCUGGCGAAAAGGGUGAGCGUGGAUAUCCUGGUUUCACCGGCGAUCGUGGCAUACCGGGAGAAGCUGGUCGUCCGGGAGUUGCGGGUCCUGCAGGCGAAAGAGGGGAACCGGGCUUACCGGGAGAAAGAGGACGGGAUGGCGUCGGAAUUGUGGGUCCCGUUGGUCCAGUUGGACUGCCAGGGCUACCGGGUGAGUCGAUAGUUGGACCACCAGGACGUGCCGGAGUACGUGGUGAGCCGGGUAAACCAGGACACCCCGGCGUUCGUGGUGCACCAGGUGUUCCGGGCGUUUGCCCGAACGAUUGCUACAUGGCGGCCGCAGCCGCUGCCCAGAGCUUCCGUGCCAACAAUCAGCAAACCAAAGGACCCAACUACUAGCCGAGCGGUCGUUCGGCGUUCUGCUUCUGUGUAGAGGGGCCACGAGAAGCCCAUCGACGAGAUUCAAUAAAAUUCCCUUUUUUGCACUUC